AAGGAUUGUAACAAAAACCCAGGAGUGCAAUCCUUCGUCCACAUGUCCACCGAGGCCACCGAAGUUGCCGGAGGCCUAUGGGAGCCUCUGGGGGGCGCCAAAAAAGCUUCAACGGCCGAGCUGCUCCUCGUCCUCCCCAUCUGCCUCCACGCGUAUUUUUCUGGCGCCCCGGCGGCACCUUCGGGCGAGGGGCCCGUCGCCGACCCGGUGCCUCCGGCGCGGACCGCUGAAAGUUGAGGUGUGCAGCGAGCGGCGUGAAUAAGGAACGCUUUUCAAAAGGGGCUCGGUCGUUCCUUAGGCGCUGAAAGUUGAGGUGUACAGUGAGCGGCUUGAAUAAGGAACGCUUGCUUUUCAAAAGGGGCUCGGUCGUUCCUCAGGCUUGCAUGCGUUAUGCAUCGUUCCCUGUGCGUCAUGUAUGAUUUGUUCCGCGUUCCCUGUGCGUUAUUCCUUGGAAGAGAGGGGCCUCGUUCCUGAUUUAUCGUUCCUUAGGUCAGGCCGAUGACUGUAUGCCGCCUCUUGGUUUUUUCUAGCGAAGGAGACCGAGUGCCGCGUGCUGAUCCCCACUGGGCGCCCGGUGGGCUUCUUCCUGCGCGAGUACCCGCGGCUGUUCCAGGACGCUUGGCUGCGCUUGUUGGCGCUGCCAGCGCCGCUGGAGCAGUGCAAGCCGCUGUUCCAGUUCCUGCCCAGCCACGUCAUGCCCUUCCUCAGUAAGCCGCUCAUGCUCGCCGAUUUCUACCUGCGCGCCUUCUCUGGCGCGUCCGCAGAGGUGAGCGUGCUGUCACUGAGCGGCCUGCUCCUGCUACUCACGAAGUACGGUCUGGGCGACCCCGAUACCCUCUCGGCCUCCGCGAGCGAGUUCUACGCGAAGCUCUACGACCUCGUCCGGCCAGAGACGCUCCGGCUCCGCAGGCGCGCGCGCUUCCAGCGCCUGCUGGCCGCCUCCCUGAGCAGCGGCUUACUGCCCGCACGCUUCGCGGCCGCGUUCGCGAAGAGGUGCAUGCGGACCGCCGUGCUGUGCCAGGACUCGGGGUCGGUGAUGUGGCUGCUGUCGGUCGCCUACACCCUCAUCCAGAGGCACCACAGCCACUGCGAGUUCCUGAUCCACCGGCGGCCCGAGAAGGCCGGCGGUGAAGAGGCUCCCUCCACCCUGCAGGAGGACCCGUUCGACGCGGGCGCGGAGCUGCCGGCGGCGGUGGAGUCGGUGGCGGGGUCCUCGUUGUGGGAGCUGCAGUUGCUCCGUCGUCAUCACUCGCCGGCCGUAGCCACGCUGACGAAGUUGUUCCUGAAGCCGUUCUUUCGGCCGACGGCCAAGAAGCUGGACCUGGAGCUGAUGCUGGAGCAGAGCACCGCGAGGCUCUACAUGCAGGCGCUGAAGGCUGGCGAGCGGCAGGCUUCCCGAUGGAAGUUCCGCGGUGAGACUUGCCCGCUGGCGUUCAAGGUCCAGGACGAUGAGGAGGCGAACCGCGUCGCCGGCUGGGCGUCCGCUCUGUCGACGGAGCAGCGGCGCAUCGGGGCUGGCAAGUAGGCGCGAGGGGCGUGGGCGCUCGGAGGGGUCGCCAGGCAGCGCGCGGAGCGAUGAGAAAGAAAGCGCCGUAAGGAUUGACCACCGUCGUCUCCACGACCAGCCCUUCACGGAGAUUCGGUGGGGGGGUCGUCCG